AUGGCCCGCUCGAGUGUGUUCGUGCCAGGGACUGCAGCUGCGUGUGUCCUGGGCGCGACGUCGGCCCACGCCGCGUGGGGCAAGCAGAACCCGUCGCCCGUCGAUGCCGCCGACCCUGCGCCCGCCGCACCUCCUCACCCGGAGGUCGCUCCCCUCUUCCCCGAGGUCGUCCCUGCCGUCGCUGGCGCAACGCCCCUCUCGGCCACCCCGCCCACUGCCGUCCCGACCCUGCCGCCACGCCUCGGCGUCGAGCACUCGCUCGGCCCCUUUCGCGUCCGCCCUGCCGAGCUCCGCCUCGAGGCCGCCAUGCUCGCCGUCCUCGCCCUGUACGGCCUGUCGACCCUCGCCAUCCGCCGCUCCAACUCGAGCCGCGCCUCGGCCUGGUUCCGCGCCCACGAGGAGGUCCUGCGCGCCGAGUUUGCCGGCGUCGGCCUCGGCGGCGACAAGCUGUUCGCGUCCGACGGCGGCGACGAGUUCAGCUCGUACGCGUCGGGCCGCCGCGCCGUCGAGUACAUGUGGGCCAAGGUCAAGACGGGCGGCCAGGACGUCCUCGCGCGCCUGUACGACCUCGCGCGCGGCGUGUACGACUACAGCUACGACUCGGGCAAGGACAAGGUCACCCUUGACUUCAAGCUCGCGCUCCCCAAGGGCACCCCGGGCGCCAAGUUCUGCUUCGCCGCCGUGCGCCGCGAGGUGCUUCGCCAAGUCCGCGACUCGAGGUGGGACCUUCGCACCUUCACCAACGUCUCCGAGACGGCCGGCGUCUCGCCCUCGCUCAUCGUCAUGACCGAGUCGGGCGACGUCACCAACGCGCUCCUCAAGGACACCGACACGGGCCUGCUCGACGCGCUGCGCGAGGGCGCACCCGGCCUCGAGUACCUCGAGAGCAUCAUCGUCAGCGACAUGCCCGCCGAGACGCCCGACGACGAGAACCCGUCUCUGCCCGACAACGACUUCCGCCUCGUCGUCACCCUGCGCCUCCCGCCGUCCUCGCAGGCGGCGGCUACCAAGGACUGGGUCACGCUCGCGUGCAACAUCGCCGACGUCCUGUACACCAAGCAGAAGCUCGUUCCCGAGGUCGCCAUCGGCAAGCUCAAGAAGCGCCGCGCCGACGCGCUGUACUCGCUUCAAAAGGCGCAGCGCGACGAGGCGGCGGCGCUCGCGCGCGAAGCCAAGGAGGACGCCGCGGCCCUCAAGCGCAAGCUCGACCGCGAGGCGGCCGAGGCCAAGCUCGCCAAGAUGACGCCGGCCGAGCGCGUCGCGCACAAGCAGCGCGAGGCCGAGAAGGAGCGGAAGAAGUUGAUGCAGAAGCAGGUCAAGCGGGCGCGCUAG